GGAAGUUGGAAGACACGGACGGGAACUUGAGAACCCACAAGCCAGAAGCAGAUAGAAGUUCAACAUUUAUUAAAGCUGUAAAAUUGACUAUUUCUUGACAGUGGUUCCCAACGAGGAGCUCACUUACCUAGAGCAUCAUUUUCUCCGUCCUUCCCACCCCGGCUCCGAGAAGAUGGUAGAGUCCACUUCCUUUUUUUAAAACUACCGGAGAUUUCGCGAUGGAGGGUGGAGGGACACCCCCAGAAACACUUAAAGAAGAAAGGCAGUCAGGAUGUGUUCCACCUACAAGUCUUGAGGGCAACAGUUUGAAGAAAAGCAGUUGGGGGUUCUUAUUUACUGGCAUUGUUGGGGGGACGCUGGUGGCCGUGUACGCCGUGGCCACACCGUUUAUAACACCAGCCCUCCGAAGAAUCUGUUUGCCUUUUGUACCUGCAACUGCAAAGCAGAUCGAAAAUGUUGUGAAAAUGUUGCGAUGCAGGAGAGGACCCCUGGUAGACAUUGGUAGCGGCGACGGACGUAUCGUAAUAGCAGCUGCAAAGGAAGGAUUCACAGCUGUGGGUUAUGAAUUAAACCCCUGGCUCGUCUGGUACUCCAGAUACUGCGCUCGGCGGGAAGGGGUGCAGGCGUCAGCCAAAUUUUACAUCUCAGACUUGUGGAAGGUCACUUUUUCGAAGUACUCAAACGUUGUCAUCUUUGGUGUGCCUCAGAUGAUGCUGCAGUUGGAGAAGAAGCUUGAGCUUGAACUUGAGGACGAGGCUAGAGUCAUUGCUUGCCGGUUCCCCUUCCCACACUGGACCCCGGCCCAGGUCACGGGGGAGGGGAUAGACACCGUGUGGGCUUACGAUGCCAGUUCUUUCAGGAGAAGUAAGAAAAGGCCCUGAAGAUCCAUGCAUUUCCAGUUGGUCAUUCAAAUAUAAACUUUAUCCAGAGAGUUUUCUGAAGUGUUGGGGGUCUUUGAUUUUAUGGAGACUUAAGGCUGUGUCUUCAGCGAAGAGUAUAUUUUUCCUUGUUAUGGAAUGAGAAAUUAUUAUCGCUUUCCUUAACUUUUGGAGAAAAUAAACAGAAGUUGAGAACAGCAGGUAGAUUUAAAGCCCCUUUCAUGGUGUGUUCAAAACAAAUGUGCUUACUGCUUUUCAUGCACUCGGGUGUGUGAAAAUAUGGAUGAGCUAUGGUCAUGUUGAUGGGUGGGAGAGAUGUCAGCAGCUCUUCACAUUAUAAAGAGCGUGCUUUAAUGCCACAGAUGAGAAGAAACAAUUUAAAAAGAGGGAAUGCAUUUGUAAAUGUUUGCAAUUUCCUGUAACUUUAUUCACACUUGAGAUUUAUCUCUUUUUUUUUCUGUACUUAGGUCAAAAUUAAUUUUCUGAAGGAUUUAGAGAG